AUGGCAACCACCUCCUCCAGGAGCGAUCCUCUGGAUGAGAUCCGCUUCACCGGCCCAGUCGAGUUCGAGGGGGGCAUCCACAACAACAGUGUGCUCUACUACUUCGCUACCUCGCCCUUUUACGACAAGACCUCCAACAAUGAGGUUCUCUUCCAGCAGGGUCUCAACAAUCCCAACAUGAUGCAAUUCCUGGCGACCCGAGAGGCUUUUGAGGGCCGCUUGCGCACCAUGUCUGGCCUCGAGUUCAUCGUUGCCCAGGAGCCAGCCGAGACAGGCCCCGGCGCGGGAACUGGCGUCUGGGUAAUCAACAAACAGACACGCCGCAAGAGAAGAGAGGGCGAGGAGGAUGAGAUCGCUGUCCAUUCGGUAUACUAUAUUGUAGGAGAGCAUAUUCACAUGGCUCCCAGCUUUGCUGACAUUAUGAGCGCUCGACUCGCAACCAUCUCCAACUUCCUCAGCAAUAUUCUUCCGUCUUCAGCUUCCGUCCAAGCCUGGUCUCCUGCAACUGGCCGUGUCUACAACCAACCCUCCACUACCACGGCAGGCUCCAAUUCUGUCAAAGCUAUCACGGCCUCUGCUCAGCAACAAUCUCAAGGUUCAAGACAACAGAGCGACAUCGGUCUCCCCACAACCCGCGACUUUGAAGAAGCUCUCUAUCUUCAUGAGCAAUACGGCGAUCAGUACAUGGAUGAGAACCCCAUCACCGGACGGCCGGGCGAAUUUCACCUCUCCUCCACCGGCAGAGCCAAAGUUAACCUCUCUGCGGCUGCGGCUGCCAAGCCAUUACCAGUCAAGCUCCCGACAAUCAACACCAAAGUGGCCGACAGUCCUCUCACAUCAAAAGCCACGGGCAAGGAGACCAAAAGCCCCAAAAUCCCGGGCGGUCCGGGGAAGCUCAAGAGGAGGAAGAGCAGCAAAGCUGCUGUUACCCCGUCAUAGAGUAAUGGGAAUUCGCCUUCCUCAAAGGGCUCUCGAGACGAGAAGCCAGGUGAAAGUGUUGAACACUUGAGGGAUGGGAGUGGCACUGAUUCAGGGCACAAUUCAGACUCUGCUCAGAAUCCUCCCCCCCCCCAAAAACCAGCCAUCAACAAUUCGCGGCCAGCAAUCAGGAUUUCCAGGGAAAUCUUCAAGUUCCCAAUAUAAGCUCACUGCCUGGGGCAAGCUCUCAGGUCAGUCAGCCCAAUAACCAGACGCAGUCAGCGAACCAGAAAAAUGAACCACCCCACACCCCCGAGGAUGGUGACCACCCACCUCUCUUUUCGGGCUCCAGUUCCGCGAAGGAUCCUAUUUCUGAUAAGGACCCUUGCUUUUGAGAAGGACGCCAGCUCUGGGGAGGAUACCGAUUCGAAAAAGGAUGUAGCUCUGAGGAGGAAGCUGACCCUGAGAAGGACUCAGGCCACGGGGAGUGCUCAGGUCACGAGGAAGAUGCCGCUUCCGAGGAAAACGCCGAUUUUAGGGAGGGCUCCGGUUCUGUAACCUCCAGUCCAGGAAGACUGGCCCAUGUUUUCAGGGCGGUGCGGGAUGACCGUGAAGUGAGACUUGCCUACCCUUGGGAAGAAGGUUACCUUGAUCUUUCAGGCGGGUCUCUUCGGCCUCCUGGCAAAAUCUUCAGUCCUUUCGAUCCCGGUUGGAAUCUUGCUCGCAACAGAAUGGAUGCGCUUGGGCCAUCCCUAUUGGUAUUUCGACGACCCUAAACCGGACAACAACACUGGGUACAGAUUCUUGAGACAAGCUCGAAGAGCGGCACGAGUGUGUAUCUAUCUUCUAUGGGCGAGGGGCCCACUGAACCUAGUCACUAAGGACCUGGUGGGCCUCCUGAACAUGGAUUCGCGCCCAAUUGGUGCAAGUGGCCUCCAGGUUUCGAAGCUAUUAGCCAUCAAGUACUUUUUUACUAUGCUCAUGGACAACAGGAUGAAAAGGCUGACGACGUGGCCGAUGACGGACGAUGCCAGUUACGCUCGGCGUAACCAAUUCACGGCCUACGUACUCUCUGAUGCGUUUCUUUGUAUUGAAUUCACGGGCCGAGAGGGCGAGCCCACAGUGGGAAGGAUGCAGAAAGACAUGUAUGCUUACGAUUGCAUCAACACCUGGCACUUUGAAGGUUUGGCGGCCGAGGGCGACAAGAGGGGCGUCAAAAGAGCCCGGUUCUGGAACUUCAGGUUGGUGGAAGAGUUGGGAAGGCAUCUUGACCGCUUUUUACUCCCCCCUAACCCGGACUACAAGGACUGGGCAAAUUAUGAACACGACAAUCGAUGGUAUGCACGUGAUUGGUUUGAGAGGUCACAAGAUGAGAGAGACAGGGAAAAAUUGCUGCAGUUAUCUGGAAGCCCUCUGGACGAUAUGGCGGAUAAAGUGUUUGCGAGGCCGCCCGUGCGUGAUGUAAAGGACGAGUACCCUGAUGCGGACGCGGAGGAGCUGCCUGUUUUACGGUGGAUGUGGCAUCACCGGUUGAUUGGGAGUCGAGCGAAAAGGAUUGUGAUUUGGAGCGAAAACGAAGGAGAAGGGGAAGGCGCAGGUUUGGACGAGGG